AUGGCAAUUCUAGGAAGGCUUGAAUGUCGAGUGUUCUGCAAUGGACGACCCUCGCAUGAAUAUGAGGAUCCAGAUGGUGCACCAACCCAAUGCAACGGUACAGAAGCCGGAACUGAUCAAACGGUCAAGAAGUAUAUUCAAAGCUUCUCCGGAGAGAACUUUUUGGUCAAGCUCGAAAUUGGUCACAAAGACUUGUUCCAGCGCUAUGGCGUUUUUGGUUUUGAUACUAGGAUCGACGGUCAGCUUGCUGACUCGAGGCUUGUCUUUGAAAAACACUUACGAUCCGAUGAUGAGACUCUUUGCUACCACGUCGAAGGUAUCAGCGGGCACGUAGGGAACUCGUGGCAAUUGCAGAAGUUCAGAUUCCGAAGCCUGCAGCUGGACGAAAAUGUCACUACAACAAAUAUGUCUGCGAACGCUGUGUCCCAGUUAGGCUCCAUCAAUGUCGUUGUUUAUCGGAUGAAGAUAGAGGGCAGGGCACCAGCACGUGGUUCAAAUUUUGAGGUUCCGGAUAUCAAAAUAUCUGAGAAGGAACUCAAAGGUCUUGCCCAAGAUUGCGUAACAAGAGCCGGUGUUGUCCAGGAGCCAGCAGUGCCAGAUCCGUUCGAGUUGCUCAGGCAAAGGCAGCUCACCGAGGAAGAAGUGGAUGAUUUGCUGGAUAUCGUUCAUUAUGCCCGCAAAGAUGCCAGGAAGCGAAUCAAGCAGGAAAAUCAGGCCAUUGUCAACGGCCGAGAUAUGACUCCAAGAAAGCGCACGGAGUACAAUUCAGACGAGCUGGAAGAGAUCGAGCAACCGCAGAUGAAGAUGGCACGUACCACGCCAUUGGUAGAAUUGGAGUGA